AACGGCUCAGUUGGUUUAACGUGAGAGUACCAACGAACACACUCGUCGGUACUGGGUCAUUCAUUUAAGAAAUUGCCAAUUGCAAAAUGAAGUUAAAACACAUAUUAUUUUUCUCGUUCCUCAGUGUUUUGUUUAAUCAAGUGUUAACUCUCAAUAUAUUAGGAGUGUUUCCAUAUGAAGGCAAAAGUCACUUUUUCGUUUUCGCGCCAUACUUAAAGGAGUUAGCAAGAAGAGGCCACAAUUUGACUGUAGUAUCGUAUUUUCCGCUAGAAAAACCAAUGGAAAACUACCAUGAUAUAAGUUUGUCCAAAGAUGUUAAAAUAUUGGAAGAUGUGUUUCCAAUUAAAAGAUCAUAUUGGACAAUUAUUCAAAUAAGUUUCUUCUUAAUCAAUUCGGGAACAGAAAAUUGUAAAACUUUGCUAGAUGACGAGAAUGUACAGAAUCUGUGGAAAUCUAAACAGAAGUUCGAUCUAGUGGUGACGGAACAGUUCAACAGUGACUGUGCGUUGGGGCUCGCUCACGCGCUGGGAGCUCCGGUGGUCGGGCUCACCUCGUGCGUGAUCAUGCCCUGGCACUACGAGGCCUUCGGCAUCCAGUACAACCCCGCACACGUACCUAUACUGUUCUUGGAAGGAGGCACCAAGCCCACAUUAUACCAAAGAAUUGAGAGGACCAUUUUACAUUUAUACUUUGUUUAUUUGCACAAAUUAACUUGUCGGAAAGAAAAUGACAAGACAUUAGCCAAAUAUUUUAAGGAUAUCCCACCAGUGGACGAAUUAGCACAAAAUGUCAAUAUGUUGUUAUCAUAUUCACAUAACUCGAUAACUGGUCCUAUUCUUUUACCCCCAAAUGUCAAGGAAGUUGGUGGAUAUCACGUUGCCAAACCCAAAGAAUUACCAAAGGAUUUAAAGAAAUUCAUAGACGAGGCUGAACAUGGCGUGAUCUACAUAAGUUUCGGAUCUAUGUUACGAGCGACUUCUACGCCCAAAGAUAAAUUGGAAGCCAUCAUCGGAGCCAUAUCACAGUUACCGCAGAGAAUCGUUUGGAAGUGGGAAGAAAAGAAUUUGCCCGGAAACCCCAAAAACGUAUUCAUAUCUAACUGGUUGCCACAAAACGAUAUUCUAGCUCAUCCAAAAGUUCUGGCAUUUUACUCCCACUGUGGCAUGUUGGGUACCACGGAGGCGAUAUACCAUGGAGUACCCAUGAUAGGCAUGCCAAUCUUCGGAGACCAGCCUGGCAAUGCAGGCGCCAUAGAAGAGAGUGGACUAGGCGUACAAAUUGACAUCAGGCAUUUGACUAAAGAGUUAUUAUUGGAGAAAUUCAAGAUUGUUCUGAAUCCUGAGUUCAGAAGAAAAGUGAAGGACCUAUCAAGAGUAUGGCAUGACCGGCCGCAGUCAGCUAUGGACAGCGCCAUCUAUUGGACGGAGUACACAGCACGUACUGCCAACUACAGCUUCGGAACACCCGCAGCGAAGUUACCUAUCUACAUAUUCAGAUCAUGGGAUAUCAUAGCCGUUUUAGGAACCAUCUGCUUAGCCAUCCUGAUAUCUUUGAAAUUAGUAAUCACUUUCUUGUACAAAAAACUUACGCAAAAACCAAAAAUUAAAACUAAUUAAUUGAA